UACAACAAAAAAUAAAUUUACAUAUUUUCGGGCAGACAAAGACUAAGUCAAAGCGCAUGUUUUUAGUGAAAUAUUAUAGAAAAUAACGGCAAAAAAAAUCCUUAGCAACACUAAAUUAUUAGCAGCAAUACGAGGCGCCUGUUGGUUCAAUAAAACGAAGUGUAAACAAACGCAAAUACAUACACCCACACAUAUGUACGUAUGUUAACAACUGCAAAGGCCGUCCUAAAGCAUUUAAAUAGGACAUUUAGCGCAACAUUCGCGAUCCUUAAUUGUUUUGAUUGCAACGAACUCCACUUCGAUAAGGAUAUUAGCAAAUAAAUCACAAGCCCAACAACCGUUAAAUAUAGCAUAAUAUCGUGAAUCAAACAAUUGAAAUCGAAUAGAAUUGACUAAAUGUAUGGCAGAGCGGGCAAUGCGGUACCACACGAACGUAUGCGCAUAAGUUUUUGCACCGAUUUGGACAAAUCAGUUUUGGUGAAUAAUUUCGAGAAACGCGGUUGGUCGCAAGUGAGUCCCGAUGAUGAUUGGAAUUUUUAUUGGGCGAGCGUGCAGACGUGUCGCAAUAUUUUUAGCGUCGACAGCGGCUAUCGCAUGCACGACAAUCAAAUGAUCAAUCACUUUCCCAAUCACUAUGAGCUGUCGCGCAAGGAUUUGUUGGUGAAAAAUAUUAAGCGUUAUCGCAAGGAUUUGGAGCGUGAAGGCAAUCCACUGGCGGAGCGCUCUGAGCCAACAGCUGCCGGUGCGCCGCGUUAUGUGUAUUUGGAUUUCGUGCCCAUCACAUUUGUAUUGCCGGCGGAUUACAAUAUGUUUGUUGAGGAGUAUCGCAAAAACCCACAAAGCACUUGGAUCAUGAAACCUUGCGGCAAAUCACAAGGCGCCGGCAUUUUUCUCAUCAACAAGUUGUCAAAAUUGAAGCGCUGGUCACGCGAAGCAAAGGGUCCUUUCCACCAACAAUUAUCCAAAGAGAGUUAUGUCAUCUCCAAAUACAUUGACAAUCCACUGCUAAUUGGCGGCAAGAAAUUCGACUUGCGGCUUUACGUGUUGGUCACCUCGUUUCGCCCACUAAAAGCAUAUCUAUUCAAGCAGGGCUUUUGCCGCUUCUGCACUGUCAAAUAUGACACAAGCGUUACCGAGCUGGACAAUAUGUAUGUGCAUCUAACGAACGUGAGCGUGCAAAAGCAUGGCGGCGAAUACAACAAUCUGCACGGCGGCAAGUGGUCUGUGCAGAAUUUAGCGCUCUACUUAGAGGGCACACGUGGCAAGGAGGUGACGGAUCGCCUCUUCGGUUCAAUUGCUUGGCUAAUUGUGCAUUCGCUGCGCGCUGUAGCGCCAGUGAUGGCCAGCGAUCGCCAUUGCUUUGAGUGUUACGGCUACGAUAUAAUAAUCGACAACAAUCUGAAGCCUUGGCUAGUUGAAGUGAAUGCAUCACCGUCGCUUACCUCAACAACAGUCACUGAUCGCAUACUAAAAUAUAAACUAAUCGAUAAUAUAUUAUCUGUAGUGUUACCGCCGGACGGUGUACCCGACGUGCGUUGGAAUAAAAUACCUAGCGCAGAUGCUUUGGGCAAUUUCGAUUUGUUGCUCGAUGAGGAGCUGGCAGCGCAAGAAGAACAAGCACAAACUGCACAACCGAGCACGAAAGGCAGAGGCGCUGGCGGCAAUCGUUGGAAGUGAUAAUGUAGUGUCAUUUUGA